GAAGCAACUCCUGGUUGGACUUGUGUAGUACUUUUGUCAUUUGGGAAGUGAUACAAUUUAGACCGGCAGUUAAAUCGGACUUUGUUGAACAUCUGUGCGUUUGGCUGCGGAGGUGACAGGUUGGAUGGAGCCGCUGCUGCCCGCAGACACGGACCUGAUGGAGCCAGAGGCGGAUAAAGAUGCGAGGAGGAAGAUCCAGUUCUCCGUGCCUUCAUCCGUGCCCACACAGCUGGACCCGCGACAGGUGGAGAUGAUUCGACGUCGGAGGCCAACACCAGCCACACUCUUCAGAUUGACCGAUCCACCAUCACCAGAGGAAGACAUCGACCCGUGGGUUCUGGGUGAAAAUGGAGCUUUGAAAGCCAAACUGGUUCACACGACAAUUUACCAGCCACCCUCACUAAAAGCUGUGCAGAGGAUGGCCCUGGCUCACCUGGCCUCCCUAGACAUGACUUCAGUGGACAAAGAGGAUUCCUCUUCUGGGGAGGAAGAGGAGGAACGUGAGAAGAAGAGCCAGCAGUCACCCUCAGCUACAGAUCCAAGGGAAGAAAGCCAAUCACUCAGGGAUCAGUGUGCUCAGCUGGACAGUUUGACAGAAACUGCUGAUCUCAGCCUUCACCGCAGUGAUGCAGAGGAGGAAAAAGGAGAAUGACUGUUAGUUUGGAGCGGACUUGGAUAACACACGUGCAUGUGGGCCGUGUGUGUUGUUUGAGUCUGUGAGAGAGAAAGUAUAUCAGAUCGCAUUGAGGAAGGUCAGAAUAUUAAUGAGCAGGUAUGAAGAAAAGUGAAAUCUGAGACUUUUGAGGCAAAUGUAGGCCUUGGGCAACAGAGAAAGCAAGGGGAAAAUUCCAUUCAUCCAAGGACACUGCACAGGAAAUAUGAGAACUGCAAAGAACUGUGGCCAUUUCCUCAAGCAUUUUCUUUCUUUUAGGUUCAACAGAAGUCUUGAGGGGUUGUAUUCCCAGAAAAUAUGUGAAGUACAAGACUUUUAUUAACCUUAUUCAUAUCAUACAGGUGUACGACGGGAUUCUGGUGCUAAAAACACUCACCUCAAAAGCAAUUAGAAAGUCAAAUGAUGUACACAGCCCAAGAUAAGAUGUAUAAACAACAUAUUUUGAUUAUUUGACAAACAUGAAAUGUUGUAUUUAAUAUGUAGUCAGUUCAUAACUGUUUUAUGGCCAUGGUGAGGGAGGUAUUUUAAAGUAUGUGUCACACAGUUCAACAAAUGAAUGUGAGGUCCUCAGGCUAUUGCAUAACAUAAUACACAUAUACUAUACACUAAAUGACAUGGUAUACUACAGUGUGAUAAGUAUAUAGUGCACAGUAAUAUUGGAAAGGCAAACCCUUUUUUGUAAUUCAACCAAGAAAUUGUUAAAGAAAACCAAACCAUUCUUUCAGUUUGCUUUCCUCAACCUUGUAGACAUUUACGUGCAAGGUCAAGGCGGUUGGAUUACAGAGGAUCUGAGCGCAGCCACUCACAACAGACCAGACUAAAUAAUAUCCAACUAAUCCAACUAAUCAUCAUAAUGCAGCGCAGUUUUUCUGCUUUGGUGUUAUGAACAGGCUUUUUGUAACAGAGAUUAGGAGGCAUUUGGGAUGUCAGGGAUGAUUGGUGGGAACCAAAAUUAAACCUAUUUUUUCAGAAACUCUUUAGUAUGAUUCUGAGCUUGUAAAUAAAUUGUGUUUGUUUUUGUUGCUAAUCAAUAAAUUACAAUGGGUGUUUAAAAGGA